AUGGCGGAAAAUAAUGGAACGAGCAAUGGGAAAGAUCAGGAAAUUCAAACUGCUAAGGAAGAGGAUGACAUCGUGAAACAGAUGUCCAAGGUUUCAAUCAACGGACCAACCAAAAAAGAUUGCAUGAAAGACAUCGAAGGAUUGAAAGCAAAACUAGCAUUAGCUUCGCACAAUAAGACAGAUAGUAGGACAGCCAUUGUGUAUGAUCUGGAGAUGGCUGCACACCGGAAUAUCUUCCUCAGGAAUCACCCUGAAAGACCUGAACGGGUACUGGUACCCAUGAUGCUCUUGGAGGAGACUCGACUGUUAGCUCGUUUACGAACUGUAGGCAGCAGAGAAUGCACCAGGGAUGAGGCCCUGACGGUGCACAGCCAGGAGCACUGGGCAUUCCUGGAGAUGUUGCCGGGAAUGAGCAACAGAGAUUUGUAUAAACAAGGUGCAGACCUUGAUAGUAUUUAUCUGUCUAACGAGUCGUUCAGAGCUGCUAAACUUGCAGCAGGAUGCCUCCUCGCCAUUACCGAGGAGGUUCUUACUGACAGGGCUAUAAACGGUGUAGCCGUGAUCAGACCACCCGGUCACCAUUGCAGGGCGGAACAGCCCAUGGGAUUCUGUUUACUGGGGAAUGUCCCCAUGGCCUGUAAAUUCGCGAUAAACUGUUAUGGUGUCGAAAGGAUCCUGGUGGUGGAUUGGGACGUCCACCACGGUAACGGAACAGAGGAUAUGUUCCUGGACGAUGAGCGGGUGCUCUACACCUCCCUGCACCGCUACGACCAGGGUAACUUUUAUCCUGGUACCGGACACCCUACAACCGUUGGGACUGGAAGUGGAGCAGGUUAUAAUCUCAACGUGGGCUGGAACGAGAGCGGAAAGGGAGACGGGGACUACCUCCACGCCUUCCACGAGCUGAUCCUGCCCUUGGCUCUGGAAUACCAGCCCCAGCUGGUAUUUAUCAGUGCUGGUUUUGACUCAGGGAAGAACGACCCCCUGGGUAAAUGCUGCGUGACGCCGGCAGGUUACGGUCAGAUGACGCGGUACCUGAUGGGAGUGUGCAAGGGGAAGGUCAUCGUUGCCUUGGAGGGAGGAUACAAUCUUGAAACAGUGUCAAAUGGUAUCAGAGCAUGCACCAGUGUGCUGCUUGGAGACUACCCUGAUCUCCCUGACAACGCUGCUCCUUCACCCGGAGGUCGGAAGAGUAUAGACUUUGCUAUGCAGAACAUUGCUCCGUUCUGGAGCAACUUGAUACCCUCCUCCUCCAGUCCAGUUACUCCCAAAGAGAGUCAGGAGAUUGAAGAACUUGGCGAGGAACCAGACACUGAGCCUGAGAGUUUCUUUGACCCAGUUGACAAGAUAGAUUUGAUGGCUAAUGGCCACGGUAGAUCUCGUGGUAACGGUUAUAUAUCGCAAUGUCAGGAUUUGACUGCCGAAGACAGAUUGAUGGCAGAAAUGGCAGAAAGUUCUAAUGCCAAAGAGAUAGUUGAAGUGUCGGACUCCCCCCAAGUAUUUGCAGUCCACCCUAAAACGUGGUGUGAACAUUUAGAAGAACAUGUGAAGACGGCCCCGCUAGAGUUAGCCGCGAGCCCGCCUUGCUCUGUGUGUCAGGAUAGUUCAGAGAGUUGGUACUGUCUUCAUUGUUACCAGCCGUUCUGUUCCCGAUAUGUCAACGAGCACGGGCUGCAUCACGCAAUUGGGCACUCUCAUCUUAUGAAUCUCAGUAUGUCAGAUCUUAGUGUCUGGUGUUACGGCUGUGAUUCAUACGUCCACAACGAGGUGCUAUUGGAUGCUAAGAACAAAGGAAAUAUCGCCAAGUUCGGAGAACCGGCCGUGAAGAUUGAACUUGCUUCUAUUGCUGAGAUCAGCAAUAGAAUCCAGCAAGAUUAGUGUAGAUUAGUAUAGAUUAGUAUAGAUUAGUGUAGAUAAGU